AUGGAAUUGGGAAGCAUAAUGCACUUCCUUCACGACAAGACUAUUUUAGUCACUGGUGCCACUGGCUUCCUCGCAAAAAUUUUUGUGGAAAAGAUACUGAGGGUUCAACCAAAUGUGAAGAAACUUUAUCUUCUUUUGAGAGCCACAGAUACUGAAUCUGCUACUAAACGCUUCCACUCUGAGAUCAUAGGGAAGGACUUGUUUAGGUUGCUGAAGGAAAAACUGGGUACAAAAUUCAAUUCCUUUGUCUCAGAAAAGUUGGCUCUGGUGCCUGGGGACAUUUCUCUAGAGGAUUUGAAUUUGAAGGACUCCAUAGUGGAAGAGAUUUGCCAUCAAACAGAUGUUAUAGUUAAUUUAGCUGCAACAACUAACUUUGAGGAAAGAUACGAUGUUGCUUUGGGUAUAAAUACAUUUGGAGUCAAGCAUGUUUUGAGCUUCGCCAAAAAAUGCAUUAAACUAAAGGUUCUUGUCCACGUAUCAACAGCUUAUGUAUGUGGCGAGAAAGGAGGACUCAUAGUAGAAGAUCCAUAUCAUUUUGGCGUGUCGCUAAAUGGAGUGCCUGGAUUAGACAUUGAUAUGGAAAAGAAAGUGGCAGAGGAGAAAUUGAAUCAGCUUCGAGAGGAGGGAGCCACAGAACAUGAUAUUAAAGUGGCCAUGAAGGACUUGGGUAUUGAAAGAGCAACUUUAUAUGGAUGGCCAAACACGUAUGUCUUUACAAAGGCAAUGGGAGAAAUGCUUGUAGGAACUUUGAAGGGAAACAUGUCUGUUGUUAUUGUACGUCCUACGAUCGUUACUAGUACUUACAGAGAACCUUUCCCUGGUUGGGUUGAAGGUGUGAGAACCAUAGACAGCUUGAUUCUUGCUUACGGUAAAGGAAAAUUAACAUGCUUCCUUGCGGAUCUUGAGGCAGUUUUUGAUGUGAUACCAGCUGACAUGGUGGUGAAUGCAAUGCUAGUGACAAUGGUGGCUCAUGCAAAUCAACCUAGUGAUAUCAUAUAUCAUGUGGGUUCCUCUGUUAGAAAUCCAGUUAGAUACCUUAAUCUCCAUGACUACUGCUUCAGAUAUUUCACGGCAAAACCUUGGAUAAACAAGGAUGGAAAGCCCGUCAAGGUUUGCAAAGUUACCAUGUUGAGCAACAUGGCUAGCUUCCGCAGAUACAUGUUCAUUCGCUACCAGCUUCCCUUAAAGGGACUAGAACUUGCCAAUGCAGCUUUAUGCCAGUAUUUUCAGGAAACGUGUCUUGACCUCAAUAGGAAGAUCCGUAUUGUCAUUCGAUUGGUUGAACUUUACAAGCCUUACUUGUUCUUUAAUGGCAUAUUUGAUAAUAUGAAUACAGAAAAGUUGCUAUUAGCGGCAAGACAAGGUGGGGUAGAGAUGGAUAUGUUUUACUUUGACCCGAAAAUGAUUGAUUGGGAUGACUACUUCAUGAAUAUCCACUUUCCUGGUUUCGUCAAGUAUGCCUUCAAGUGA